CAAUACUGAGGAGGGUGAAUGGGUGGGGGGCAUUUAAGAGAGCAGUAGGUGGGAGUGGAGUCUGACCGCAGAGGGGCUACUGUUCAAGAGAAAGGGAACUAUCUCUUUCUCUCUCUCUCUCUCUCUCUCUCGCUCUCUCAGCACAGCAUCAGCCGGCUCUCUAGGUAGACUCGAGGAACCGCUGUAAGAGAACAGAGAGCAGAGGGAAGAUGACAGAGCUGUCAGCGCUCUGAGAGAUACACACUGCUGAGAACAUUUGGAUCGGGGCUGGCUGAUAAGGCGCUCUUCAACACUGUUUCUGCUUCCAUUUUCUAGUCAGUGGAGAAGCUGUGGGCAUUGUGCGGACAAGACCACUUGAUACCUGAACAGACUCUAGUCUGCUACUUUCUGAGAAGUAGUUUCACAGUGUCAUCAUGGGAAUGAAAGGCUUUCUGUUAUGCUGCCUGACCGUGGCCCUGAUCCUCCAGCUCUCCACUGCCGGCCUGGUCAAGAAGGUCAUCCGCCACCGUAGAGAGGCUUUGAUGCCCAAGAAAACCCAGGAGAACGUCACCGUGCCCCACCCAGACCAACCGGUGGUGUUCAACCACGUCUACAACAUCAAUGUCCCCUCCACGUCUCUCUGCUCUGUGGAUCUGGACUCGCCCGGUGACACUGAGCUCAAACACAAGAGUGCCCCGCUGGACAUGCAGAACAGCGAGCAUAUGGAGCACACAGUGGACGGUGACAAUCAGAUUGUUUUCACCCACCGCAUCAAUAUCCCCAAGCAGGCAUGCGGCUGUGACAACCAAGCGCCCGAUAUCAAGGAUCUGAACCGGCUGGAGAUGCUGGAGUCCGAGCUGUCUAGUCUGAGAGAGCAGUGCAGCAGUGGGGCAGCCUGCUGUGGAGCGCAGGUUACCGGUGAUGUGUCCACUAAGCCCUACUGUAAUGGGCGUGGGAACUGGAGCACUGACACCUGCAGCUGCAUAUGUGAGCCCGGAUGGAAGGGCCCCAACUGCACCGAACCUGAGUGCCCCAAUGACUGCCAGGACCAGGGCCGCUGUGUGGAUGGCAAAUGUGAGUGCUUCGAAGGCUUUGGUGGGGACGACUGCGGUAUUGAGCUCUGCCUGCUGGACUGCGGUGACUAUGGCCACUGUGUAGACGGGUCCUGCCUCUGUGAGGAGGGCUUCAUUGGUCAGGACUGCACCCAGACCAACUGCCUCAACAACUGCCUGGGCCGCGGACGCUGCGAAGACAAUGAGUGCGUUUGCGACGAGCCGUGGACGGGCUUUGACUGCUCCGAACUCAUCUGUCCAAACGACUGCUAUGACCGUGGACGCUGCGUCAAUGGCACCUGCUACUGUGAACAAGGCUACACUGGAGAAGACUGCGGGGAGCUCACUUGUGCCGGCAACUGUAACAACCGUGGUAUGUGUGUGAAUGGCCAGUGUGUGUGCCAGACCGGCUACAGUGGAGAGGAUUGCUCGAAGCUCACCUGUCCCCAGAACUGCAACGAGAGAGGCCAUUGCUUUAACGGGAAGUGCAUCUGUGAUCCAGGAUUUGAGGGUGAAGAUUGCUCUAUUCUCUCCUGCCCUGAGAACUGCAGCAACAGGGGCCAGUGCAUUAACGGAGAAUGUGUAUGUGACAUAGGAUACCAGGGCGAAGACUGUAGCGAGCUCUCCUGCCUUAACAAUUGCCAAGACCUUGGCCGCUGCGUUAACGGACAGUGCGUAUGCAACAAAGGCUAUGCUGGGGAGGACUGCAGCAUCAAGACCUGUCCAAAAGACUGCAUGGGACGAGGAGAGUGCGUGGAUGGCAAGUGCGUGUGCUUUGUCGGCUUCACUGGGAAAGACUGCGGCCAGCUGACCUGCCCCAAUGACUGCCUGGACCGUGGUCACUGUGUGAACGGACAAUGUGUUUGUCACAAGGGUUUCGCCGGUGAGGACUGCAGUGAGAAGACGUGUCCCAAGAAUUGUCUUGAUAGAGGUUACUGCGUCGAUGGCAACUGUGUGUGUUAUGAAGGUUUCACCGGGCCUGACUGCUCAAUGCUGACCUGCCCAGAAGACUGCCAAAACCAGGGGCACUGUGAGAACGGAGUGUGUGUUUGCAACGAGGGCUUCAUCGGGGAGGACUGCUCUGGGGUCUCACCUCCCAAGGACCUGACAGUGGUGGAGGUCACCCCAGAGACGGUGGACGUGUCCUGGGAAAAUGAGAUGCGUGUGACUGAGUACCUGAUCACCUACGUGCCAACGGCCCCUGGAGGUCUGGAGCUGGACAUGCGGGUGCCUGGGGACCAGAAGAUGACCACUAUUCGGGAGCUUGAGCCUGGCGUGGAGUACCUGAUCAGCGUCUUUGCUGUGCUAAACAACAAGAGGAGUCUUCCAGUCAGCGCUAGGGUGGCUACACAUCUGCCCGAGCCUGAGGGACUUAAGUUUAAGUCUGUGCGGGAGACGUCAGUGGAAGUGCAGUGGGACCCGUUGGACAUUUCUUUCGAUGGCUGGAACCUCAUAUUCAGAAACACAAAAGAGGAAGAUGGUGAGAUUCUCAACUCCCUCGGCCGUCCAGAGACCACCUUUGAGCAGUCGGGCCUGGGCCCUGGCCAGGAGUACGAGGUCAAGCUGGAGGUGGUGAAGAACAACAAGCGUGGACCGCCUUCCUCCCAGAACGUAAUCACAAUGAUUGAUGCCCCCAGCCGUGACGUGCGUGACGUGACAGACACCACAGCGCUGGUGACUUGGUUCCAACCCGUGGAGGUGGACGGGGUCAGCGUCUCCUACGGGCCCAUCUCCAACCCCGCUGAACGCAAGCUGGUGGAGCUGUCCUCCACCGACACACAGUACCACCUGGGGGGCCUUACCCCCGACACCCAGUACGAGGUGUCGCUGUCGGCUCGGAGGGGAGAACGGACCAGCGCUCCCAUCUAUGAGUCUUUCCUCACAGAUCUGGACGCCCCCAGAGACCUGCAGACAGUGGAGCUGACGGACGAGAGCAUCACCCUGGAGUGGAAGAACAGCCAGGCUCCGGUGGACAACUACCGCAUCAAGUACGGACCGCUGUCAGGGGAGCACGGAGAGCUGCUUUUCCCCCCGGGACCCAAGGACACCACCCGGGCCAAGAUCACAGGCCUGAGACCGGGCACCGAGUACGGGAUGGGUGUUACCGCAGUGACAGAUGAGCGGGAGAGUCUGCCGACAACCACCAACGCAGUCACUGCCCUGGAUGCUCCCAAAAACCUGCGUGUUGCGGAUGUGACGGAGACGACCAUGAUGCUGGAGUGGACACGCCCGCUGGCCAAGCUGGACUCCUUCAGACUGGUUUACGUGUCUGCUGACGGCCACCGAGCUGAGGAGGUUGUCCCAGGCAGCUCGGAGUCCCACACUAUUAGGGGCCUUACACCUGGCAUGCUGUACACCAUCAGCAUCAUCGCCGAGAGGGGCCGCAGAACUAGUGCAGCCAGCACCAUCUCAGCACCAACAGAGGAGGAGAAGCCUGCGGUGACCAAUGUCACCGUCAGCGACGUAUCGUGGGACAGCUUCCUCCUGUCCUGGUCUGCUGAAGACGGGGCAUUGGAGGCCUUCCUGAUCGAGGUUACCGAUGCAGAGACAGGCGCUGAGUGGCAAAACCACACAGUGCCCGCCGAUGCUCGCAGCCUGGCCAUCUCUGGCCUCUCCUCCACCACCUGGUACAGGGCCAGUCUGUACGGGGUGUUCAGGGGGGCCCUCUUAGACCCGGUCUUUGCAGACACCAUCACAGAUGUGGGUCCACCCAAGGGUUUCCGCUUCUCGGAUGUCACGGACACGUCGGCCACCGUUCACUGGGUGGUUCCCAGAGCGCGGGUGGACAGCUACAAGGUCACCUAUGUACCUGCUCAUGGAGGUAAUGCUAAGACCCUGACAGUGGACGGCUCGGAGUCUCAGACUGUGCUGCCCAACCUGACCCCCGGGGUCACCUAUGAGGUCACCGUAAUUGCUGUCAAGGGUCAAAGGGAGAGUGAGCCUGGAUCGGACAGCGUCACCACCGCUCUGGAUAAACCCCGUGGUCUGACUGCAGUCAAUAUCACAGACACUGAGGCCCUGCUGCUCUGGCAGCCCGCCAUCGCCACUGUAGACGGCUACGUCAUCACGUACAGCGCAGACUCGGUGGCUCCAGUGAUGGAGCGCGUGUCAGGAAACGUCGUGGAGUUUGAGAUGAGCUCUCUGACGCCGGCCACGCACUACACUGUGAAGGUCUACGCUGUGAGGGACCUGGCCAAGAGUGCAGCCACCACCACUGAGUUCACCACUGACGUGGACGCCCCUCUGGACCUGGCAGCCAAUAACAUUCAGACAGAGAACGGUAUGCUGACAUGGAAGCCACCUCGGGCUGACAUCACCGGGUACAUCCUGAGCUUUGAGUCGGCAGACGGCGUUGUCCGUGAGGUGGUCCUGAGUCCCAACGCUGUCUCCUAUAACAUGGCCCAGCUCAGCGCCUCCACAGAGUAUUCAGUCAAGCUGCAGGCCAUCGCUGGUCCCAAGAGAAGCCGAGUCAUCACUACUGUCUUCACCACCACUGGCGUCCUGUACAGACACCCCAAGGACUGCUCCCAGGCCCUUCUGAAUGGAGACACCUCAUCAGACCUGUACACCAUCUACCUGGGUGGGGAUGAGAGCCAGCCCGUCCAGGUCUACUGCGACAUGAGCACUGAUGGAGGUGGAUGGAUUGUGUUCCUCCGACGACAGAGUGGUAAACUGGAGUUUUUCCGCAACUGGAAGAAUUACACAGCUGGCUUUGGGGACAUGAACGAUGAAUUCUGGCUGGGUCUUUCCAACCUGCAUAAGAUCACAGCUGGAGGACAGUACGAGCUGCGAGUGGACCUCCGAGAUAAGGGAGAGACAGCCUACGCCCAGUAUGACAAGUUCUCCGUCUCCGAACCCCGGACCCGCUUCAAAGUCCACGUAGGAGGGUACAGUGGAACAGCAGGUGACUCCAUGACGUACCAUCACGGGCGUCCAUUCUCCACUUACGACCACGACAACGACAUCGCUGUCACCAACUGUGCCCUGUCCUAUAAGGGAGCGUUCUGGUAUAAGAACUGCCACCGCGUCAACCUCAUGGGACGAUAUGGAGACAACAGCCACAGCAAGGGUGUCAACUGGUUCCACUGGAAAGGCCACGAGCACUCCAUCGAGUUUGCUGAGAUGAAGAUCAGGCUCCACUUCAGGAAUCUGGAAGGAAGAAGGAAACGAUCAUAAACACAGCCCCCCCCCCCCCCCCCCCACCUCCCUCCACUCCACCCCCACUCCCACUCCCCCACAACCACCACCACCACAACCACCCUCCACCAACACUGCUACACUCUAUCCGGACUCCCCGUAGACCACCUGGACUCCCACACCCCACGCGCCCCGCAGCGAUCAAAAGCCACUGCCGAGGUCCCCGCUACCUCCAUCUCCCCGCCCCCCCCCGUUCGCUCUCAGAUCAGCAUGGACACACCAUGAGAUGAGAACUACUCUCUCCUCCCCCCCAUCCCCCGUUGACACGGUUGUGGAAAUGCUGCAAAUGCGGAAAUCGAUGUGCAUGUUACAAACUGGACUUAAAUCAAGCCCACACAGAUUCUACUCACGCACCAAAGAUAGCAACAACAACAACUCCAUGUCCCCUGAUUGUGAUCCAUCCUCCGGUGUUGCAGCAUUUGUGGGGAGGCUUGGGCUUUAUGUUGUGUACAGUCAUUAAUACCGUUCCUAUUUCAUGUUCGGGGUAUGACAGAAAGGACAGGCUGUUUAUGCAGUAGUACAAUGUGGUCUUGUUUAGGUUCAGGGCCUCUUUGCUAAAAACCGAUAAUACAUUUCAUACGAUUCAGCAAUUCUGGAUCAUCUUACAAAGUCUAUUCCUUGUACAGUACUGUACAAGUAUCUAAAUGAAAGAUUUGGAAAGGGAUAUUCCUCAGAUGGCAUCCCUCAGAUGUCAGAUAUCUCUGUCUAACUUGCCAUUUGUUUGUGUUUGUGCUUAACUUGUCUCAGUGUCACUUUAUCCUCCCCAGGUUCCCUCGUGUCACGCAACAUCUCACGUGAUAGAGAUGGAAAUGAAAAGAGAAAAAAAAAAAAAAUAUAUGGAAAAGUAUUUUACCCCGCCACAUGCCAUGUCCACUUGGAUGGCGAUGUUUUCAUUCAUUACGUCAGCCCCUGAAGGCAUCAUGCACAACGAACAGAGGAAAGAAGAGCUGGUGUGUUUCCGUGUGUUUUGUUUCUGCUGUGAAUCCGAGGCCGGACCUGUUCCUUAGUAUAUAAUGAGAUGCGGAGAUGAUAUUUUCUUUUCUUCUGCAAAAUGUGAAAACAUCUCAUAUGUGUGGAACGGGACGAGGCACGGUGUUGUUGACAGAGAGAAGGUGUUUCUGUUGAGCAUAGUAAAAGUCUCCUGUUUAUGGCCGAUAGUGUUCGAACCGGCCAGACUAAGAAUUGCCGCCCCCCCCCCCCCCCCCCCCCCAGCCCUGCCACAGCAGCAGCACACUAACCACUGACCCUGUGCAGAAUGCCUGUGUAAAUUAAGUUUGUUUUCAUGCUUUGUUUGUUAUAACUGGGUGAACAACCGGUGUUUCUCUGUGAACUGUGUUACAAUAAAACACUUUGUUUCAAAGGAA